UCGUCCGCAUUCAACACAAUUCCCUUCAUUGUGAUCCAAACAUGGGGGCCAAGGUGUUGGCGAUAGCCUUUGUCUUGCUCCUUCUAACCUUCGAAAAAAAUGCUUUCACAAUGGCUGCUGACCCAGGAACAAGGAAUGACAGGGCUGAACCGCCACCAUCUCAAGAAAAUGGUUUUGAUGCAAGUUCUUACGCGGAACAUUGGGGCAGAAAUCCUUCAGCUUCCGAAAAAAAUGGUUUUGAUGCAAGUUCUUAUGCGGAACAUUGGGGUAGAAAUCCUUCAGCUUCCGAAGAAAAUGGUUUUGAUGCAAGUUCUUAUGCGGAACAUUGGGGCAGAAAUCCUUCAGCUUCCGGUUCUCUUGUUCCUGGAGCGCAAACAAGACACUGGCACAUAAAAGUUAAAACUGGCAUGUUGUUCUUGAAGAAGAUUUUGCAUGUUGGCACCAUACUACCAGAAGGCACCAUGUUUGCACGAGCUGAUAUGCCAAAGCCUGAUAGUUCAGUCUCUACCCCAUUGGAGCCAAAGUAUUUUGCAACAAUUGUAUCGCGCUUCAAGAUACCUUACAACUCCUUGAAGGCAAAGCAGGUAGCCGAGACCCUUCGUUCAUGCGUCAAGCCUAUUGACAGGGAGGAGCCUCACGUGUGCACCUCAUCUCGCAAAGCAAUGUCAAGGUUUGCCACUACGUCUUUAGGAUCAAACCUCACACAAGCAGCCUUCACAAGGAUUCAUGGGCAUGAAAGCCCCACAACUAGGUACGUUGUGGCACAGAUCGCCCAACUCAGCAAUCAUACGGUGGCGUGCCACCCUAUGGAUUUUCCAUAUGAGGUGUUUUAUUGCCAUCGGCCAAAAGAAGUGCAGGCUUUGAGGGUGCAACUCAAUGAUAUGAAAAAUGGCAUGACACGCGUUACAGCUACCGUCAUGUGCCACAUGAACACAUCCAACUGGGACAAGGAGUACUUUGAAUUGCUGGGCGGAGAGCGCGGUGAACCAGUUUGCCAUUAUAUGCCUCAGAAUUACAUCAUGUUCUAUUAGUUAAAUAAAUUGUUGGCACUAGAUUCUGGUAGUUUCUUGGCUGCUACAAACCGGCAAUUGUGGCCAUGUAUGCGAAAUAACUAUUUUCGAAUAAGAAUUACCUUUAUGUACUGCAAGGGUUUGAGUUGUAAGA